AUGGAAGGCUUCUAUUCUGUGCUAGGGCUUUCUAUCGACAUCGCAAAGCACAGUGCACUAUUACGAAGAUAUGAAGCUUCUGUCGCCAUAAUGGCAGAUAUCGAGCAGGCCAUACAAGCAGCAGACGCAGCCCGUCUAGCAGGAGCUUACGUGGCGUACAAGUCCCGUUUUUUGAUACCGAUACCCUUCGGACCCACUGUUCUGGCUUUUAUUGACACUAUUCUCGAUGAAUUGAAUAGACUGCGGUCGGUUCUCGCCUCGAUCUGUUGGUCACCUGCUCGGUCGUUAAAUUCUUCUUCCCCACACAGCGACUUGUCUAUAGCAGUGCUUCUCCGAGCGAUUGUUACUUUAGCAAGCUCUGAUAUUCUGAAACUGGAGCCAGUGUUUAAAGAGUUGGAUUGGGUGAGAUCUAGCCCCGCAAAUAGACAAAUCAGUCAAUCAGCUGCCUUGUUAGAUGCACUUCAACGUUGCAUUUCUUUGUCUGAGUCCUCUGUGUUUUUAGCCAGGCUGGUCAUGAGAUGCAGGCAGGUGUUUGUCGGUAGCAUGCUAAGCGAGCUUUCGUAUGGAGGGUAUCUUACUCCUCCUACUGACAGUGUACUGAUUGGGAAUUGCCUUCUUGAAACAUCUGCGACAGCAACAACAGAUUUAGUCUCGGUCUCUAAGUCUUCACUGCCUGCCUUUCUUGUUAACAUUAACAUACCGCUUCUUUGCUACACGGACUUGCUGUCUAUGCUUCUAAGACGUAGAUAUCACCGGCCGCACAAACAAAUGUCCCUCCAUUCUGACAACACAAGUCUGUCUGAGGAGAGCGUUAGUAGUUCUGUGCACCUAGAAGAGGACUCGCUCAACGAUGGACUUACUCCUGAGACAGGUUCAGACCCUGUAUCCUCCUUUAGUGCAGAAGAGGUGACAGGUAUGACAGGUAUCUUUGCCUCCUGGAAUGCUCCAGAUCAUCUGGAGCCAUCAGAGUUAUUACCUCUGCUCUACGAGGUGUCGAGCACAAUAACCACUUUUCAAAACGAAGUGCUUCCGACGCUUUUCAAAGACUCUGUGUGGCCCUUAGCAGACGUUGAACGCGUACGCAAUCUCCUUGUGGUUAUUAACAGACGGCUCAGUGACUCACUUGCUGCCGAAAGGGAGCGAAUAUGUUCGCGAUUGAGCCUUCUUUUCCUUCAGUCUGAGGCCACCAGUAACUUUAUUCACGCUACUACACGGUUGGCGGAGUACACCAUGGAGACAAUUGAGCUAUCAUCCCAUUCAGCACUAACUAACACACUCUCCAAAGGAGGCCAACUUCACGGCGCCAUAGGCGACAAUUUGCUCACUGAGUCAUGGUUUAAGAUACGGGUUCCCUUGGAGUUUAUAUCUCAUAUGCACACUAUUAUGCAUCGAGGUUUGUCUAAGCAUUGCUCUGAAAGUGGUAGCUCCUUUAGCCCUGUUCUACUUGAGCACUUCUUUAGAAAAAAGUUUAGGAGGAUCCAUAAACGGGUCACGCUUGCUGCUCAGAAUAACGAGUUGCUUCGAGGAGAUUAUGUUUUGCUUGAGCCUUCGGACUCUCUUAUGCUUUUAGCCUUCGGUGCAGUACAUUUCCAUGUCACUGAAGAAGCCUUUUCAGCGGAGCGUAUAGAGUACUUCCUCGGAGAACGCUCUCAAACACGCGUUGCAGAUCUGUCAUACAUGUGCAGGUUGUCGCAGUUCACCAACACAUCACUAAACUGUGCAUUUAAUAUGAUGGCAAGAUUGGAGAAACAGUUAGGAAAGCAAGAGCUUAAAAGAUAUCGCAUGCACACUCCUCAUGAGGACGGUUCAGAAUUAGCAGCUGAAGAUCUCGAGGAGCAAGCUCAAAGAGAAAGUUUCCUAGCGAUGCGGAGCACGAAUCCCCGAAGAACCUGUAUGUCUCCUCUUUUCCCGGGCAUCACCAGAGUUCUCAACCUGAUGGCUCGAUUUGUUAUCAGUCACAAUACUUACUUUCAUGGUGUAUGCUUAGAGCCUCUUCGUGCUGGAGGCUUGCUAGGUGGGUUCACCUCUGGUAAUCUGGCAAUGCUAUUGAAGGAAGCUCACGCCCGUGGGACUAUUACUCGUUCGAUAAAAGCUCUUGUCAACGACAUGCUCUGUCUUUGCUUAAGAACAUGUUACAUCAUAUCGCUGUUUUGCAAGCUUUCCGCGUCCUUUGCAAGGAACGGUAGGCUCUUUACCUACGUUCUGCAGGAUUGUAGAGAAUUGGAGCUGCGCUUCUCUGGCAUGUGGGAAGCCCUCCUCAAAGAGUUAUCGGUUAUAGAGCAAAGCAGAGGCGUGGACACUUCGUGUUCGAUGCUCAUGACAUGGCUUCCAGAGCUGCGAUUGUCUAGUAGUUGCUCGCCUCCUAUCAACUAUCUUAAGCCUCAGUCCAAUGGCAUGACUGGGCUCCAGGUGGGGCCAGCGAAUCAUCGGCCAGACUUAUCAAAAGACCCUAUUAAGACAGCAGAUGCAGAGGAUCUUUCUAAUUUACGACUGGGGGUUGCGCUUGGGCUGCGAAAACCCAACUGA